UUGAUACAGUGAAGCCGGAUUCGAAGCAAGAGUUGGAAAACAGUAGAACCAUCUUCUCAGCAAUGCAUUAUUAUGGAUAGGUUUUUAUGAAAAGACAACGGAUAUCCAAACUUCUGACGCACACUGUAAACAAAACAAAGAAGUAAUGAUGCUAAAUUCACGCCAGGAUGUGGCAUCUGGACCACAGUAUCAGAUUCAACCUUUAACUGCAAGAACUAUGAAGCGUCUGGAUGCUGAGACUGUCUAUGAAACAGACAGUCCGCGGACACGCAACCUGAAAGACUUGAGAGUCAAACGCCUGGCUUAUCUUAAUCAGGGAAGGAAGCCAUCAGACCCAGCUGAUGCUGGAGCACCACCAUCUGUUUCCAGGGCAUCAUUUUCGAGUCCUAAUGAGGUGAAUAAAGUUGAAGGCCCUGUCAUUAAAGUACCUCAUUCUUCUGAACCCUCGGAACAGAAAGCUGACAGAAAGAAAAAGCCAGCCCAUGAACUAACUUACAUUGAAUUUCUAAACAACAAUUCUGACACAGUCACAGAUGGACAGUCUCCCACAGGGAGGACUGGUGGUGCAGAUCUAGACUAUUCCCUUCUUGAAGACGUAACGGUUUCAGAAACUGAGAAGAUGAGGUAUGUUUUAAGAUGGGCUCAGAAAUACAUUAAACCAUGCGAGGAAGACAGUGGACUGCAAACCUCAGAAGUGACCCUCCAGGAGAGAUCUCAGAGCCUUUUUAAAAAUAGUGGUAUAGAACAUUCAGGAACUUCUUCUUCUUUUUGGAUACAUGAGUCUGAUAGUAACCUGCCCAUUGAUAUCAGCACAAGAACAAGCUCUUCUUUCAACAUGGUGAAGGAUUCCAGAUUAGAAGAUAGAUGUCCUUCACCCAAUCUGUGGUCCAGCGGAAGGUCUCUUCUUCAGUCUGUGGACUUACAGAUCAAUGAGGCCGAUUCCGAGAAAGUAAACUACGCUGGUUAUCAUGAGAGGCAGAAAUGGAUAUACCAGGACUCUUUAUUGAACGGAAACAAAUCAUCAACUUAUGAUGACUCUAGCUAUAAAAAAGUUUCUGAGUGUGGCUAUUAUACUGGGGUCCAAGAAAUGAGCUGCAGACAGGUGACUAGUCCAGAAUAUGCUGAUGAAAUAAAUCAAAUAAACCUUAUCAAGUCUAGUGAAAAUGAAGUUUUAGAAAACAUACUUCCACUUGCGUCAGGUUGCUCUGUAAACAAAUCUACUCAUUACCAGGAAAAAAAAUAUUUUUGGUGUCCUCUUCAGGAUGAUUCUGAUGAAGAAUACCCUUAUGCGUUUGCAAAUAGGCCCACUACAAUUGCCCAUCCUUCGCACCAUACAGAUCUUGAUGAGUGCUCAGAGAAAAGUUCUGCCAGAACACUGACACUGAAAACCGAGUCUGUGAAAAAUUGGUUUGGGUCAGUAGAUGUUCCAGAGAAUCAAGUGCACAAGUUGAUGGAUGCUACGUCCAGGCUGCAUUUAAAUCACUAUGCUUGGGAAACCAAGAAAGGCAGUGGUACAGCACCUAUGUUAUACGCUUCAGAAAAUCUGAAGUACCGCAACACUGCUGAGGUGAAUCGAGAAGACAGUGACUGGCUUUUGAAUCAUGCAGAACCGGUAAAAGAUCUGAAAGUAAAUCUAGGUUCAGAUUUACAAACACCUAAGAAGGAGGAUUAUCAAAUGAAUGGAGGCACAAUUGAAACGAUAGACAAAAGCACAGGGAGGACUUUCCUGGUGAACAGUAUGGGUCUGGAUAAAGAGCACUGUAGUAUCAUGGAGGGAAAGGAAGAAAAAACCUCAUAUCUGAACUGCACAAAGGACAAUCUUCUCCACCCUUCACAACAUAAUUCCAACUAUAUGUUCAGAUUCUGUCCUGAAUGUUCAAGCCCAAAUGAUCCGGAUAUCAACUGGUGCGUUCAUUGUGGAUGUGCACUGAUUGGAAUUAUACCAAGGCUUUGCAAAGAAGACAAUAGCCAAAUAUUGAAUUUGAAAGUACAGAGUAUGCCAAUGAAAAACAGUGAUUUAUCAAAAGAAAAUACAUACUCAGUUGAAUCUACAAAAACAAUUAGUAUUCUUGAAUCUGUUAGUUCUGAGGGUUCCAACACCAAUUGCAAUACAGAACAAGGCUCUAGUCUUAGUGUUUAUGAAAAAUAUCUGAUGUACAUUGAACAUCUCAAAGGCAUUAAAAAUCUGAAUGGUGAGAAUAGCUCUGAAUUAAGCAAGUCUGAGAAUGUGAAGUAUGACAGACACACAGGAGAGACAGUUGUGUCCCAGCAUUGUGAUCUAUUUGCAGGAAGUGACAGCAAUGAAAGAAGUGAUGCCAUCAAUAGAAGCAGCAGCAGCAAUGGGAAAACUCAGUUUCACCAGCAGAGGGAGCCCAGAGCAAGCAGUGAGCUCAAUGACUGUGCUCCUGACUGUGAGCAGAGUAGCUGUGGUGUGUUAUCAUCUGUAGACAACAUUCUGGGGGUUGAAGAGCAGGAUUUACUAACUCUUGAUCAUGCAACCACAGAGCAAGCUUCAGAACUUCAAAACACAGCCCUUCUUGAAAGUCGUGUUUUUGAGCAGGACUAUUAUACCACACCUCCAACUACUAGUGAUCAAACAAGAAAAACAUUGCAAGAACUGAAGCCCAAGAAGUUCAAAAACAUUCAAACCAGUCUGUCUGGGCAUAAAAGGUACUGGGAGAAGUCAAGCAUUGCAUGGUCAUCUUACACUCAUGGACAAUUAAAACCAAGGUGCACCAUUAACAGUAGACCAUUGUCAGCUGGACAAUGUAGAAAGUCCACAAAUGAACUCUCUCUGCAAGCAAGGCCACCUUCAGCAGGUCAUCCUGGAGGUAAUGAUCUAAAAGCACAUUUUAACAAGAGACCAGCUAGUGCUGGUUACAGUGGUGCUCAAAAAAGAAGAUCAACCAACAUUCAUAAUGCUGUGGAUAUCCAUAAUAGGACUACAUGCAAGAAUGCAGGGACUGUAACGAGGCACCUCAACACUACACAGUGCCCAGAACCCAGGAAACUGAAAAACAUGACAAGAGAUGGUGAGCAUUCUAUGUGGAUUUUCCUUCCUGAUGAACUCUGGAUUUACAUUCUCUCGAUGCUUUCCCAUGAAGACCUUUCACAUUCAGCUCAAGUUUGUCAACACUUCAGAAGGCUGGCGAAUGAUAAAACACUCUGGGAGGUUAUUCGGAUUGAAAACAGCAUGUGUUUGAAUGACAACUGGCUCUCCAGCAUAGGUAGACAUUGCCCACAGAGCCUCACACUAUAUAGAUGUCACGAUGAAGUUAAAUCCAUGACAGACAAUGGACUACAUGAACUAUUUAGACAAUGCAAGGACUCUCUUAAGGAACUGAAUAUUACAAGUUGCAGUGGGCCAAAACUCAACGGAGACUCUGUAUUGUCCCAUGCCAGUACAUACUGUAUUCACCUGAUAUCAGUGGACAUCAGCUGGACAGGAGCCACCGAUAAUGGCAUCAAAGCUCUUGUUCAAGCUUGUAGGAGCCUCCAGUGCCUGUCAGUUAAUGGCUGCCAGAUGACGGAUGAUGCUCUUAAUUCUCUGGUUAAAAAACAUGGGAAAAGACUCAACAGGCUGGAAGUAUUUGGAUGCCGUGCUCUCAGUGCAAAGUGUAUGAGCUCCAUGGCUCAUGAAUGUUCCAACAUGAAGGUCUUGAACAUUGGCAGAGUUCCAAAGAUUACAGAUGUCUGUGCGACUCAGAUGAUGUUGUGCUUCAAAAACUUAACAUCACUUAAUGUAACAGGUCUCAAUGCGAUCCGUGAUCGGGUUGUACAUCACAUUGUAAGACAGUGCCCUAAACUGGAGAGUUUAAUUCUUAGUUCCUGUCCUUGUGUAACAGAUGUCAGCUUGGUUGAAGUUAGCACUUAUUUACCCACAAUAAGGUACUUUGAUGUUAGUGGCUGUAAGAAAGUGACAGACACAGGGGUACAGGCCAUAGCGAUGACCUGCCAUCAUCUUCAGUAUCUUGAUCUCAGCUCCACUCAGAUAGGCAAACGAGGAAUUUGUCUCCUGGCUAAUUACUGCAAAAAAAACCUGGAAUGUGUGAAACUUAGUUUCUGCAAGGACGCCACUGAGGAUGCUGUUAAAAAAAUGUGCCAGAACUGUAAACGGCUGAAGCUGCUUCACCUAUAUGGCUGCACAACUAUCCACAAUGUGAAGGCUAUUCAGGAUGUAAAUAGGAAGGUUGAAGUGCAUUUUGACCUUUCAAUCAGCUCUUCCUACAGAAUAAAGGAGUAAAAUAUUAUUGCGUUUGCUUCAGAUUCUCAGCCCUUUCAGGGUUUUUUUCAGACCCUUAAUUUCAUCCCUGUAUUUUUUUUUCAGAUUGUCCUAUUUCUUUUGUACAUCCACUUUUUGGUAUACCAUAAUAUUCUGUUGUACUAAAAUGGGAUCUGAGAGUUCAUUUCAUAUAUAUCACAUCAGAUUGAUUCAAAAAGAUCAGACAAAGCCAGCUUCCCAAUGUUUUGGUAUGUUUAACGUACAUGUCAAAGGAAAAUGUGUUUGAAAACAAACGGAGGAGGUACUUACAGGCCUUUGAUGCCAUGGCAACUACAGUGGUUUAUUUUUAUGUAAAUCCAUUAAUGUGUCUGUGAUUUACUACAUAGUUAAUCAUGUAACAAUAAACUAUUUUAAUCUACUAUUUCAUCUGUAUUGUACAUUAUCUAAUUGUAUUUCUUAUAUUAUUUAGCUGAGUGUGUUUGUCCAUUUUAGAAUCAACCCCACCUUUCAGGAUGUUGAUAGAAAGGCAGACAAAAUCAUACAUAACAAAAUGUUUUUUAUAAUGUGUGUAUUAAUUAAUAAGUCUACAGAAUGGUGCUUUUAUAAUGAUUUGCCUUAUCAGACAGAUGUCUGCUUUGAAUUGUAUUUCUUUUAAACUUCCAUCUAAAUGAGCCUGUGAAAUCUGCAGAAAGACUAUAAUUGGCACUUUAGAAGAUGGUUGCUUAUAUAUUAAUAGAUCAGUAAGAUAUAGACUCCCAUGAUUGUA